AUGGAGCAGAAGAUGGCUUUGGUCAAGCAGAGGGUCGCCUUGCUUGACAGUGCCAGCAACAGCAGCUGCAGCGACAGUGACAAGGUUGGUGUUUGUGUGCCCACGAAUGAUGAGCUUGCUAUUGUUGUUUGUCACCAGCCAGCGGUACUUCAUUGUGGUGAUACAGACGAUGAGGGCAAUGAUAUUCCUUUGAAAGCUUUGAAGUCAAGGAGGCUGGACAGUAAGCAAAAAAAGCUUCCUGGUGCCCCUCAGGCACACAAUGCCCAAAACAUCAUUACUGGCGUCACUAACAUUGUUGAAGCAUCUGAUAUUAAUGGCCAAAAUUUAAGUGCUAGUGUUCACGGCAACUGUGGAUCCGCUAUGGCUAGAGCUAAGGAGGUACAGGCGAAGUUGCCAGAAAACAAUCUUAGCUUUACCAAGACUAUGCUACCAUCUCAUGUCAUCCGGGGGUUUUGGCUUGCUAUGCCAACUGACUUUUGUAACAAGCAUCUCCCAAAGCAAGUCACUGGAAUUAUGUUAGAAGAUGAGAAUGGAGAGGAUCAUCACACAACGUAUCUAGGUUCCAGGCAGGGACUAAGUGGUGGGUGGAGAGGUUUCACAAUUAAACAUGAUAUUAAGGUUGGCGAUGUUUUGGUUUUCCAGCUUGUGGAAUCAACGAAAUUUAAGGUAUACAUAAUAAGAGCUAACGAAUUUACAGCAACUGAUGGAGCAAUCAGUCUGCUGAAUUUAGAAGCGCGCAAGAAAGGGAAGCUACUAUCAAAGGCUACCAGAGUGGAGCACAGUGUCCCUGAAUGUUCUGAUGCUGCAGAGGCUACCAGAGUGGAGCACAGUGUCCCUGCAGACGAUGACAAUGACAACAACGUCAUCUUCAGCGAAGCGGGCGGGCUCAGGAUCUCAGAUUCAGACAUGGACUUUGGUGACGUGACGAGCUUCAGCGACUUCAGCAUUGUCGUGGACAGCCUGGUGAUUGACUGCAAGUUCCAGGAACAGCUGCGGAGGACGUACUACGAGCUUUGCCGCUCCCAGAAGGCGUUCCUCCACAGGCACCUGCUGAAGCAGCUAAACCUGACCCUCGUCGUGGGGGCGAUCAUGGAGACGGUCAGCAUCGCGGCGGGCAUCCGGGCGUGCACAGCGGAGCGGUUGCCUUCCCGCGAGGACCUGCUGGUUUGGAAGAAGACCCUGGAGUCCGUGGCUCUGCUGGGCAUGGACGUCGGGUUCCUGCUGAGGCGCGUCGACGACCUCCUUGGUGUGGAUGCCCAGGCCCAGCAGGCGAGGGACCAGUACAGGGAGAUGAGUGCAGAGAAGGCCCGUGCCGCGGAGAAGGUGAAGGCACUGGAGCUUGCGUUGGGGAGCGUGAAGGACGCUCUGAGUAAGAUUGAUGCCAGCAUGGAGGAGGUGGAGGCGAGGGUGAAUAGGAGCGGCGCAAUGCUGCAGGAGCUAGCCACUGCACCAUGGUGA